CCCUGCGCGGUGGGGCUGGUGAGUUAGCCCAGGUAACUCGGUUCUCUCCUCUUAGACCACCCGCCUACUGGGGUCCCAGCCGUCGGUACGAAAGCGCCAGGCGGGGUGAUGCCCAGAAGGGCUGGGAGCGACGGAGCUCCGCAGGCACCCAGUUGAGCACCGCGGCGCGGUCUGAUUACGUCAUUCAUCCCCGCCCACCGACUGGAAGGUGAUUGGCCUGUUGGCUAGGGGGCGCGGCCCCAGCGGCUGAGGCGAGCGGCAGCGCGCGAUCGGUUGGUCCAGCCCUCCGGCCUCGAGGUUACAGGCCGGACUCGGUGCCUUCGGAUACCGGCUGGCGGCAGGCAUGGCUGGAAUCCCCGCGCCAGGCAGCAGAAGGCGGAGCGGGCCCCCGGCACCCAGUUCUGGCCCGCCGUCCAGCACCCAGCACCCUCCGAGCAAGCGGGCCCGGGGCUUCCUCGCGGCCGCCCCCCCAGACCCAGAAGACCCAUUCGGCGCGCACGGGGAUUUCACCGCCGACGACCUGGAGGAGCUCGACACCCUCGCGUCACAGGCCCUGAGCCAGUGCCCGAACGCGGCUCCGGACGUGUCCAAUGUUCAUAAGGUCCCCAGAUUAGAUGGGAUGUCAAAAAAUCCUUCAAGGAAAAACAGAGAAAGUGUUCCAGUUAAAGAUAAUUUUGAAUUAGAGUUACUUCAGGCACAGUACAAAGAGCUUAAAGAAAAGAUGAAGGCAAUGGAAGAAGAAGUGCUCAUUAAAAGUGGAGAAAUUAAAAUUUUACGGGACUCACUGCAUCAGACAGAAUCCAUUCUAGAGGAACAGAGAAGAUCACAUUUCCUUCUUGAGCAAGAGAAAACUCAAGCACUCAGUGACAAAGAAAAAGAAUUCUCCAAAAAGCUCCAGUCAUUGCAGUCUGAACUCCAGUUUAAAGAUGCAGAGAUGAAUGAAUUAAGGACAAAGCUUCAAAGCAGUGAACGAGCUAAUAAACUAGCUGCUCCCUCCAUUUCCCAUGUCAGUCCUAGGAAAAGCCCUUCUGUGGUUAUAAAGCCAGAAGCAUGUUCUCCACAACUUGGAAAACCAUCUUUCCCUACAAAGGAGUCUUUUAGUGCUAACAUGUCCCUUCCCCACCACUGCCAGACCGAUCCAGGAUAUAAGUCCCUGAUGGGCAAAGAGGAGAAUAAGACCCACAGUCUGGGAGAUGACCCGAUAAAGCAAGAACAGUCCCAGAAAAGGCUUAUUGACAGCUGGAUGCAGAGAUCAAACACUCAAGGCUCCAUUUUGAUAAACCUUCUCCUGAAGCAGCCUUUGAUCCCAGGGUCAUCCCUAGGUCUGUGCCACCUCCUGAGCAGUUGUUCUGAGGCUCCUACCGGCACCCUGUUCCAGCUACCCGGGCUUGGCAGUACCUUGACUGGGAUUUCAAGCCUGAGGACCACAGGUUCUUGUGAUGGGUCAUUUCCCCUCUUGGCCCUGAGAGAAGCACAGAACCUGGCACUUACUGGACUGAAUCUGGUGGCCAGGAAUGAAGGCUCCUGUGACAGAGACCCAGCAGAGGGAGGCGGAAGGGCCUUCCCACUCUGCCAGCUUCCUGGAGCUGUGCACCUCCUCCCCCUGGUGCAGUUCUUUAUCGGCUUACACUGCCAGGCUCUGCAGGAUUUGGCAGCAGCCAAGAGAAGCGGAGCGCCUGCGGACUCACCGACACAUCCCUCCUGUGUGAGCUCUGGGGUAGAGGCCAGCCCCGAGGACUCACUUUGCAACCUGGAAGGCUUCUCUGUGGCUUCACUAAGCGUUCUUCAGCACCUGGUGUGCCACAGCGGAGCAGUCAUUUGCCUGUUACUGUCAGGAGCAGGCGCCGAUUCUGCUGCUAGGGAAGGAGACCAGAGCCUGGUUGACGGACAUGGUCGUGGGGAUGUGACCUCAGCCCCAGGGAGGCUUGCUGGUGACCAAGGCCAGCAUCCACUAUUGAAGAUGCUUCUUCAACUUUUGGCUUUCUCUUCUGCAGCAACAGGUCACCUUAAAGCCAGUGUCCUCAGCCAGUGCCUUAAGGUUUUGGUGAAAUUAGCUGAAAAUGCUUCCUUUGAUUUCCUGCCCAGGUUCCAGUGCGUGUUCCGGGUGCUGCCACAGUGCCUGCGCCCAGAGACACCCCUGCCUAGUGUGCUGCUGACUAUUGAGCUCCUGUCCCUCCUGGUGGACCAUGAGAAGCUUGCACCUCAGCUCUGCUCCCACCCGGAAGGCUGCCUCCUGCUGCUGCUGUACAUGUACAUCACAUCGAGGCCUGACAAAGCCGCCUCGGAGACACAGUGGCUUCAGCUGGAACAAGAGGCUGUGUGGCUCCUGGCUAAGCUUGCUGUGCAGAGCCCCUCCUCCCCAGUCACUGGUUCCAGCUGCCAGUGCAACGUGGAGGUAGUCAGAGCACUCACGGUGAUGCUGCACAGACAGUGGCUGACUGUGCGGAGGGCAGGGGGGCCCCCGAGGACUGACCAGCAGAAGCGGACGGUGCGGUGUCUGCGAGAUACAGUGCUGCUGCUGCACAGUCUGUCCCAAAAGGACAAGCUUUUCACUGUGCACUGCGUGGAGGUCCUGCAUCAGUACGACCAGGUGAUGCCAGGGGUCAGCAUGCUGAUUCGAAGGCUUCCUGACGUGACAGGCUGUGAAGAGGCAGCCCUGGAUGAUCUCUGUGCCGCGGAGGCUGAUGUGGACGACCCCGAGAUGGACUGUGGCUGAGGCCUGUGAGCAUCGAGCCACAUGGUGGCACCAACACCACCACUUUCCUUACCUCAUCCCCUGAUUAAAAGCAGUGACUGGCUGUUAAAGAAAAGGCCAGCCUUAUGUUUCCUGAGUCUGAUCUGUGUGGGCUA